AUGUCCUCCUCCUCUCGCCUCAGGUAAGAAAGUUGGAGAGGAAGCCGUAAAGCUGAACCUAAUGUGUGCCGAAAGUCAUCAGUGGUGAGUAUUUUUCACUGAAGCCAUACACUACACAUACAUCCUCUUAAACCUAUGUUCCAGUCCUAGAUGGGAAACUCAAUAAGUUUGUAACCAUAAAGUUAUGUCACUUUUGGCUUGGUACUAUGUCCGUUUAUCCAGUCAAAUGCCAAAGAGUGAAUGUUGUUACCUCUCCUUGCAUGUCCACUCCACUGAUUGCAUAUAUUAUAGCCUCAUUGUUGUCAGCAUGAGUACAUUUGAGAGCCCUGUGACAGUGAGUCACUCACUUCCUCCAACACCCGUCUAUGACCACAUUGGCUGUGUAGUGUGUACUAUGCACACACCCACAUUUCCAGCCAUGGCACAUAGAAGUGAGCUAGGUAAACAGAGGCUACUGUUAAAACCUACAGUGGGGGAAAAAAAGUAUUUAGUCAGCCACCAAUUGUGCAAGUUCUCCCACUUAAAAAGAUGAGAGAGGCCUGUAAUUUUCAUCAUAGGUACACGUCAACUGUGACAGACAAAAUGAGGAAAAAAACACAUUGUAGGAGUUUUAAUGAAUUUAUUUGCAAAUUAUGGUGGAAAAUAAGUAUUUGGUCAAUAGCAAAAGUUUCUCAAUACCCUUUGUUGGCAAUGACACAGGUCAAACGUUUUCUGUAAGUCUUCACAAGGUUUUCACACACUGUUGCUGGUAUUUUGGCCCAUUCCUCCAUGCAGAUCUCCUCUAGAGCAGUGAUGUUUUGGGGCUGUCGCUGGGCAACACGGACUUUCAACUCCCUCCAAAGAUUUUCUAUGGCGUUGAGAUCUGGAGACUGGCUAGGCCACUCCAGGACCUUGAAAUGCUUCUUACGAAGCCACUCCUUCGUUGCCCGGGCGGUGUGUUUGGGAUCAUUGUCAUGCUGAAAGAUCCAGCCACGUUUCAUCUUCAAUGCCCUUGCUGAUGGAAGGAGGUUUUCACUCAAAAUCUCACGAUACAUGGCCCCAUUCAUUCUUUCCUUUACACGGAUCAGUCGUCCUGGUCCCUUUGCAGAAAAACAGCCCCAAAGCAUGAUGUUUCCACCCCCAUGCUUCACAGUAGGUAUGGUGUUCUUUGGAUGCAACUCAGCAUUCUUUGUCCUCCAAACACGACGAGUUGAGUUUUUACCAAAAAGUUAUAUUUUGGUUUCAUCUGACCAUAUGACAUUCUCCCAAUCCUCUUCUGGAUCAUCCAAAUGCACUCUAGCAAACUUCAGACGGGCCUGGACAUGUACUGGCUUAAGCAGGGGGACACGUCUGGCACUGCAGGAUUUGAGUCCCUGGCGGCGUAGUGUGUUACUGAUGGUAGGCUUUGUUACUUUGGUCCCAGCUCUCUGCAGGUCAUUCACUAGGUCCCCCCGUGUGGUUCUGGGAUUUUUGCUCACCGUUCUUGUGAUCAUUUUGAACCCACGGGGUGAGAUCUUGCGUGGAGCCCCAGAUCGAGGGAGAUUAUCAGUGGUCUUGUAUGUCUUCCAUUUCCUAAUAAUUGCUCCCACAGUUGAUUUCUUCAAACCAAGCUGCUUACCUAUUGCAGAUUCAGUCUUCCCAGCCUGGUGCAGGUCUACAAUUUUGUUUCUGGUGUCCUUUGACAGCUCUUUGGUCUUGGCCAUAGUGGAGUUUGGAGUGUGACUGUUUGAGGUUGUGGACAGGUGUCUUUUAUACUGAUAACAAGUUCAAACAGGUAUCCAUUAAUACAGGUAACGAGUGGAGGACAGAGGAGCCUCUUAAAGAAAAAGUUACAGGUCUGUGAGAGCCAGAAAUCUUGCUUGUUUGUAGGUGACCAAAUACUUAUUUUCCACCAUAAUUUGCAAAUAAAUUCAUUAAAAAUCCUACAAUGUGAUUUUCUGGAGAAAAAAAUUCUCAAUUUGUCUGUCAUAGUUGACGUGUACCUAUAAUAGAAAUUACAGGUCUCUCUCAUCUUUUUAAGUGGGAGAACUUGCACAAUUGGUGGCUGACUAAAUACUUUUUUUCCCCCACUACUUGAGGUGUGUGUGUGUGUGUGUGUGUGUGUGUGUGUGUGUGUGUGUGUGUGUGUGUGUGUGUGGACGUAUUUUAACUAUACUUGUGGGGACCAGAAGUCCCCAGAAGAUUAAUAAACAAACAAAAAUUGGACAAACUGGGGACAUUUUGUUGGUCCCCACAAGGUGUUUAGGGUUAAGGUUAAAAUUGUGUUAGGGUUAGAAGCUAGGGUUAGUUUUAGGGUUAGGAGCUAGGUUUAUGUUUAGGGUUAGGGUUAGGGGUUAGGGAAAAUAGGAUUUUGAAUUGGGCUGAAUUUUGUGUCCUCACAAGUUUAGUUGUAAAGACUGUGUGUGUGUGUUUUAACAGGAUCUAUGUAGGGCUGACCCCAAUUCGUGAAUUGUUUGGUCGAUAGGCUGUUGGUCAACCAAUAUUUUUGUUGUUGUCGAGCAGUAGCAAAUAUAAAAAAUAUAAAAAUAUAUAAAAUAAUUGGAUUUAUUUAUAUAUACUUUUAUUUGUAUUUAUUUAUUGUCACACGGAACAUGUCUUAUUCGCAUCCAUCUCGGUUAACUAAUCCAUUGCGGAUGCCAAGAAUAAUCCAUUGCAGGUUUUCCUACUUACAAAGCAUGUAGAGGUCUGUCGUUUUUAUCAUAGGUACAUUUCAACUGUGAGAGACGGAAUCUAAAACAAAAAUCCAGAAAAUCACAUUGUAUGAUUUUAAGUUAUUAAUUUGCAUUUUAUUGCAUGACAUAAGUAUUUGAUACAUCAGAAAAGCAGAACUUAAUAUUUGGUUCAGAAACCUUUGUUUGCAAUUACAGAGAUCAUACGUUUCCUGUAGGUCUUGACCAGGUUUGCACACACUGCAGCAGGGAUUUUGGCCCACUCCUCCAUACAGACCUACUCCAGAUCCUUCAGGUUUCGGGGCUGUCGCUGGGCAAUACGGACUUUCAGCUCCCUCCAAAGAUGUUCUAUUGGGUUCAGGUCUGGAGACUGGCUAGGCCACUCCAGGACCUUGAGAUGCUUCUUACGGAGCCACUCCUUAGUUGCCCUGGCUGUGUGUUUCGGGUCGUUGUCAUGCUGGAAGACCCAGCCACGACCCAUCUUCAAUGCUCUUACUGAGGGAAGGAGGUUGUUGGCCAAGAUCUCGCGAUACAUGGCCCCAUCCAUCCUCCCCUCAAUACGGUGCAGUCGUCCUGUCCCCUUUGCAGAAAAGCAUCCCCAAAGAAUGAUAUUUCCACCUCCAUGCUUUACAGUUGGGAUGGUGUUCUUGGGGUUGUACUCAUCCUUCUUCUUCCUCCAAACACGGCGAGUGGAGUUUAGACCAAAAAGCUCUAUUUUUGUCUCAUCAGACCACAUGACCUUCUCCCAUUCCUCCUCCUCUGGAUCAUCCAGAUGGUCAUUGGCAAACUUUAGACGGGCCUGGACAUGCGCUGGCGUGAGCAGGGGGACCUUGCGUGCGCUGCAGGAUUUUAAUCCAUGACGGCGUAGUGUGUUACUAAUGGUUUUCUUUGAGACUGUGGUCCCAGCUCUCUUCAGGUCAUUGACCGUGUAGUUCUGGGCUGAUCUCUCACCUUCCUCAUGAUCAUUGAUGCCCCACGAGGUGAGAUCUUGCAUGGAGCCCCAGACCGAGGGUGAUUGACCGUCAUCUUGAACUUCUUCCAUUUUCUAAUAAUUGCGCCAACAGUUGUUGCCUUCUCACCAAGCUGCUUGCCUAUUGUCCUGUAGCCCAUCCCAGCCUUGUGCAGGUCUACAAUUGUAUCCCUGAUGUCCUUACACAGCUCUCUGGUCUUGGCCAUUGUGGAGAGGUUAGAGUCUGUUUGAUUGUGUGUCGACAGGUGUGUUUUAUACAGAUAACGAGUUCAAACAGGUGCAGUUAAUACAGGUAAUGAGUGGAGAACAGGAGGGCUUCUUAAAGAAAAACUAACAGGUCUGUGAGAGCCGGAAUUCUUACUGGUUGGUAGGUGAUCAAAUACUUAUGUCAUGCAAUAAAAUGCAAAUUAAUUACUUAAAAAUCAUACAAUGUGAUUUUCUGGAUUUUUGUUUUAGAUUCUGCCUCUCACAGUUGAAGUGUACCUAUGAUAAAAAUGACAGACCUCUACAUGCUUUGUAAGUAGGAAAACCUGUAAAAUCGGCAGUGUAUCAAAUACUUGUUCUCCCCACUGUAUGCUACACUACCUACUCAUUCAAGGGUUUUUCUUAAUUUUUACUAUUUUCUACGUUGUAGAAUAAUAGUGAAGACAUCAAAACUAUGAAAUAACACAUAUGGAAUCAUGUAGUAACCAAAUAAGUGUUAAACAAAUCAAAAUAUAUUUUAUAUUUGAGAUUCUUCAAACAGCCACACUUUGCCUUGAUGACAGCUUUGCACACUCUUGGCAUUCUCUCAACCAGCUUAACCUGGAAUGCCUUUCCAACAGUCUUGAAGGAGUUCCCACAUAUGCUGAGCACUUGUUCGUUGCUUUUCCUUCACUCUGCGGUCCGACUCAUCCCAAACCAUCUCAAUUUGGUUGAGGUCGGGGGAUUGUGGAGGCCAGGUCAUCUGAUGCAGCACUCAUCACUCUCCUUCUUGGUCAAAAAGCCUUUACACAGCCUGGAGGUGUGUUGGGUCAUUGUCCUGUUGAAAAACAAAUGAUAGUCCCACUAAGCCCAAACCAGAUGGAAUGGCGUAUCGCUGCAGAAUGCUGUGGUAGUCAUGCUGGUUAAGUGUGCCUUGAAUUCUAAAUAAAUCACAGACAGUGUCACCAGCAAAGCACCCCCACACCAUCACACCACCUCCUCCAUGCUUUACGGUCGGAAAUACGGAGAUCAUCCGUUCAACACACCGCGUCUCACAAAGACAAAGCGGUUGGAACCAAAUGACACAUUUCCACCGGUCUAAUGUCCAUUGCUCGUGUUUCUUGGCCCAAGCAAGUAUCUUCUUCUUAUUGGUGUCCUUUAGUAGUGGUUUCUUUGCAGCAGUUCGACCAUGAAGGCCUUAUUCACACAGUCUCCUCUGAACAGUUGCUGUUGAGAUGUGUCUGUUACUUGAACUCUGUGAAGCAUUUAUUUGGGCUGCAAUUUCUGAGGCUGGUAACUCUAAUGAACUUAUCCUCUGCAGCAGAGGUAACUCUGGGUCUUCCAUUCCUGUUGCGGUCCUCAUGAGACCCAGUUUCAUCAUAGUGCUUGAUGGUUUUUGCGACUGCACUUAAAGAAACUUUAAAAGUUAUUGUAAUUUUCCAUAUUGACUGACCUUCAUGUCUUACAAAAGUAAUGAUGGAUUGUCGUCUCUCUUUGCUUAUUUGAGCUGUUCUUGCCAUAAUACGGACUUAGUCUUUUACCAAAUAGGGCUAUCUUCUGUAUACCCCCCACCUUGUCACAACACAACUGAUUGGCUCAAACGCAUUAAGAAGGAAAGAAUUUCCACAAAUUAACUUUUAAGAAGGCACACCUGUUCAUUGAAAUGCAUUCCAGGUGACUACUGCAUGAAGCUGGUUGAGAGAAUGCCAAGAGUGUGCAAAGCUGUCAUCAAGGCAAAGGGUGGCUAUUUGAAGAAUCUCAAAUCUCAAAUAUAUUUUGAUUUGUUUAACACUUUUUUAGUUAAUACAUGAUUCCGUUUGUGUUAUUUUAUAGUUUUUAUGUCUUCCCUUUUAUUCUACAAUGUAGAAAAUAGUACAAAUCAAGAAAAACCCUUUAAUGAGUAGGUGCUCUAAAACUUUUGACCGGUAUUGUACACUUGUGAGAAACAAGUUUUAGGUUAUUUCAUUCCAUUUCCGAGUUUUGUCAAUUUAGUCAUUGUCUUUUGUUUGGAGCGCUCCUGUCAAUGUUGAGGAAGGAUGCGCACCAGAUUACGCAUAGAAGUAGGCCUAUAGGCUACAUGAUCUGCGCCCAAAUGUAAGCAUAUAAAUGUGCCCAUUUGGGGAUCUGAUAGUAUUUCUGAUUAGCUUAACGCACCACCACUAAUGAGCUGUAGAGCUUCUCGAAGUAAUGUUUUUUUCACCUCAAACAGCAAGCAAACAAUGUCUGUUUUUACAUCCAUUGAGAAUGACAAUAGUUCCUCAAUGUAUUUGAAACAUCUUUCCAGCUCUCUCCCUUUCGAUAACCACUAAGAGUGAAGGGGGAAAAUGUCAUUCGGAAAGAGUGGAAACAUCAUAAAAUAGUCCUACCUGAUUACUUCUUAUCCCUUGCUCAAAUAGCCUACAGCUGUGUCUGUCCCGGAGCUCACUGGCGUGGGAACUGAGGGCCCAGAAUAUUUUAUACAAUGUUGCAAGUUUGCUAUCACAAGCUUAGGGCCAGACCCAAGUUAAUAGCUGAUACAAUGUUUCAAGUUUGUUGCAGACAGGCCAUGCAUAGCCAAUGUGAUUUAUAGGAUAUUUAUUUAUUAUAAUUUUUUUCUACCUGCAGGCUGCAAUGUUUUUAUUUGUUGUCUUUAUAGGCUAUUUUUACAUAGUUGGCAAUGGCAAUAGAAGUUACUUUUUAGGUUUGUGUCAUUUUCAUUUAGAUUUGGAGAACAUUUUGAUUAACCACAUGAUGAAUGAAACUGUUCCACGAAAAUGUGCAUAUGAAAACCCUAACUGGCACACAGAUCGGUAGAAAUUGUAAGAUAAAUUGGCAUUCCAUAUGAAAGGUUGCCGACUCCUCGUGUAGCCUAUUACCAGCAACUUCAGGAGAGUAAUGACAGAAUCUGCAAAAGCCAAUAGGAGCGGAAGAAGGAUGGUCAGGUUAAGGUUUUUUUCUUCUGGUUAUCUUGAUCUCUAGCUCCCUCUUUGGUAAUGUGUGUCUUAUUUCAUCAAAGAGUGCGCUUAAAUCAUCAGACAAGCUCAAUGCAUAUAUAGUUGAUUUUUUUUUUUUUUACGCGUAGGGUGUGUCUAUAUAUGGAAAAAAUUUGACUAAUCGAUAUUUCAAAAGAAUAGACAACUUUCGGUCUACCAAUGUUUUUUUUUGUAGGGGACAGCCCUAGAUUUAUGGAAGGCUUUCCUCUCCCUUUAACAGCUGUGUGUCCCUGGAGCUUUAUCCCAGAUUCAAGGUUGUGUUUGUUAGGCACCAAAUGGAAGAAAACGGACUGAAACACAGAGGGACCUGGACUUGUGCCCCCCCCCCCCAUGAACACGACCUAGUCCUGGUAUGGGGAGAGAUGGUCAUGUACAGUAGCAUAAAGGAAUAGAACUGUGAUCAGAACCACCCUUUGAACGGCACACACCUAGGACUCAAGCAAUACUAUUUCUGACCCACUCAAAUUAUGUGUGAAUCAGUCAUGGAUGAAUUCAUAUCCAAUUAACCUCUUUAGUUAAUACAAGGCCUGAGACAGAGUGAAAACAUGCAAUAGGACUUGCCUCAGGACAGAGGUUCAGGACCCUCUAGUUUUGGGUGAGUGACAGAGUAGCCCUGCAGCUGUCCCUAGAACAGUGACUCAGGCCUUCUUGGGCUGCAGUGAGUGACAGGAAAUGUGUCCUUACAAGCAUCUAGUUGUAGAGUGCCUUGCAAUGCCUGCCAGGUAAAAUAGGACAAGGCCAAUCAUCACUCUAGUGAUUCAAAAGGAACCACUCAGGAAAGUUAUCUCAGGGACUACAUAUUGAUUUGAUUUAAGAUUGUGUGUUGUUGUUAUGCUGCCAAAGCACACUAGGCCAUGGCAGGAGAUUGUCUGACUUGUGUGAACUAAUCUUGAUGAUAACCUACAGUGCCUUCAGAAAGUAUUCACACCCCUUGACUUUUUCCACAUUUUGUUGUUACAGCCUGAAUUAAACAUUGAUUUAACUACAGUUUGGAUGGUGUAUCAAUACACCCAGUCAAUACUAUGAUACAGGCUUAAAUCCUAACUCAGUUGCCGUAGAGGAAGGAAACCUCUCAGGGAUUUCACCAUGAGGCCAAUGGUGAGUUUAAAACAGUUAGUUUAAUGGCUGUGCUAGGAGAAAACUGAGGAUGGAUCAACAAUAUUGUAGAUACUCCACAAUACUACCCUAAAUGACAGAGUGAAAUGAAGGAAGCCUGGACAGAAUAAAAAUAUUCCAAAACAUGCAUCCUGUUUGCAAUAAGGCACAAAAGUAAAACUGCAAAACAUGUGGCAAUGAAAUUAACUUUAUGUCCUGGUUAUGUUACCACUCUUCAUAUUUUCAAGCAUGGUGGUGGCUGCAUCAUGUUAUGGGUAUGCUUGCCAUCGGCAAGAACUAGGGAUUUUUGGGGGGAUACAAAGAAAUGGAAUAGAGCUAAGCACAGGCAAAAUCCUAGAGGAAAACCUGGUUCCGUCUGCUUUCCAAAAGACACUGGGAGACACAGACACCUUUCAGUAGGACAAUAACCUAAAACACAAGGCCAAAUAUACACUGGAGUUGCUUACCAAGAUGACAUUGAAUGUUCCUGAGUGGCCUAGGUCCAGUUUUGACUUAAAUCGGCUUGGAAAUCUAUGGCAAGACUUAAAUGGCUGUCUAGCAAUAAUCAACAGCCAACUUGACAGGGCUUGAAUAAUUUUUAAAAGAAUGAUGUGCAAAUAUUGUACAAUCCAGGUGUGCAAAGCUCUUAGACUUACCCAGAAAGACUCACAACUGUAAUCAAUGCCAAAGGUGAUUAUAACAUGUAUUGACUCAGGGGUGUGAAUACUUAUGUAAAUGAGCUAAAAUGUGUCAUUAUGGGCUAUUGUGUGUAGAUGGCUGAGACAAAAAAAUCUAUUUAAUCAUUUUUGAAUUCAGGCUGUAACACAAAAUGUGAAGGUAGACAGUGAGCGCCAAAAGUAUUGGGACAGUGACACAUUUGUUGUUUUGGCUCUGUACUCCAGCACUUUGGAUUUGAAAUUAUACAAUGACAGUUUAAAGUGCAGACUGUCAGCUUUAAUUUGAGGGUAUUUUCAUCCAUAUCAGGUGAACCGUUUAGAAAUUACAGCACUUUCUGUACAUAGUCCCCCCAUUUUAGGGUUCCAAAAGUAUUGGGACAAAUUCACUUAUGUGUAUUAAAGUAGUCAAAAGUUUAGUAUUUGGUCCCAUAUUCAUAGCACACAAUGACUAUAUCUUGCUUGUGACUACAUAUUUGUUGGAUGCAUUUGCUGUUUGUUUUGGUUAUUUUAGAUUAUUUUGUGCCCAAUAGAAAUUAAUGUUAAAUAAUGUAUUGUGUCAUUUUUGAGUCACUUUUAUUGUUAAAAAAAAUAGAGUAUGUUUUUAAACACUUCUACAUUAAUGUGGAUGCUACCAUGAUUACGGAUAAUCCUGAAUGAAUCGUGAAUAAUGAUGAGUGAGAAAGUUAGACGCACAAAUAUCAUACUCCCCCCCCAAAAAAAAUGCUAACCACCUCUGUUAUUGUAAUGGUGAGAGGUUAGCAUGUUUUGGAGGUAUGAUAUUUGUGUGUCUGAAUCAACUUGAACAUAAGAAGAAUUGUUUAUUAGAUAACUGGGUUCCUCAUCAAUCUACACACGAUACCCCAUAUUGACAAAGCGAAAACAGGUUUACAAAUUUUUAAAAUAAGAAAUACCUUAUUUACCUACGUGUUCGGACCCUUUGCUAUGAGACUCGAAAUUGAGCUCCGGUGCAUCCUGUUUCCAAUUUGUCAUCCUUGAUGUUUCUACAACUUGAUUGGAGUCCACCUGUGGUAAAGUAAAUUGAUUGGACAUGAUUUGGAAAGGCACACACCUGUCUAUAUAAGGUCCCACAGUUUACAGUGCAUGUCAGAGCAAAAACCAGGCCAUGAGGUUGAAGGAAUUGUCCGUAGAGCUCCGAGACAGGAUUUUGUCGAGGCACAGAUCUGGGGAAGGGUACCAAAAAAUUUCUGCUGCAUUGAAGAUCCCCAAGAACACAGUGGCCUCCAUCAUUUUAAAUGGAAGAGGUUUGGAACCACCUAGACUCUUCCUAGAGCUGGACGCCCGGCCAAACUGAGCAAUCAGGGGAGAAGGGCCUUGGUCAGAGAGGUGACCAAGAACCCGAUGGUCACUCUGACAGAACUCCAAAGUUCCGCAGUGGAGAUGGGAGAACCUUCCAGAAGGACAACCAUCUCUGCAGCCCUCCACCAAUCAGGCCUUUAUGGUAGAGUGGCCAGACGGAAUCCACUCCUCAGUAAAAGGCACAUGACAGCCCGCUUGGAGUUUGCCACAAGGCACUUAAAGGACUCUCAGACCAUGAGAAACAAGAUUCAAUGGUUUGAUGACGCAAGAUAUAACUCUGGCCUGACUGCCAAGCGUCACGUCUGGAGGAAACCUGGCACCAUCCCUGCUGUGAAUCAUGGUGGUGGCAGCAUCAUGCUGUGGGGAUGUUUUUCAGUGGCAGGGACUGGGAGACCAGUCAGGAUCAAGGGAAAGUUGAACGGAGCAAAGUACAGAGAGAUCCUUGAUGAAAACCUGCUCCAGAGCGCUCUGGACCUCAGACUGGGGGGAAGGUUCACCUUCCAACAGGACAAUGACCCUAAGCACACAGCCAAGACAAUGCAGGAGUGGCUUUGGGACAAGUCUGAAUGUCCUUGAGUGGCCCAGCCAGAGCCCGGACUUGAACCCGAUCGAACAUCUCUGGAGAGACCUGAAAAUAGUUGUGCAGCGACGCUCCCCAUCCAACCUGAGCUUGAGAGGAUUUGCAAAGAAGAAUGGGAGAAACUCCCAAAAUACAGUUGUGCCAAGCUUGUAGCGUCAUUCCUAGGGCUGUUGCGGUGACCGUAUUACCGCCAGUCCGGCGGUCACGAAUCAUGAAGGCAGUCAAAUUCCACGUGACCGUUUAGUGACGGUAAUUAGGCUUCUCCAAGCUCUGAUGCUGCUGAUGGUCAUUAGUAGCUUACCAAACUUGCUAACUGCCUGGUACUCAGCACUCUAUUGUCCCUCUAAUCACUCUGACAUCAAUGCAAAUGUUUUCGAAAAUCUAAUCAAACACUUAAUGAGAGCCCAUGAGCUCAUGUUGCGCAACAUUUCAAUAGGCUAUGCAAUUGCGAGAGAAAACCAAGUGAUGGCCUCUACUAAAAAGAGGAGGAUCAGCUUUCUAUAGGCUAGGCCUAUUAUAUUCAUUUCUCAACUUUCCUUAUAUUAAGCACAUUGCUUAUAUUUACAACAGGAGUAUAGCCUACCUGGCUGGCAUGAAAAUAAACCACGGGGAAAAGCGUCCUCCAUUCACUAUUUAAGUGUAUGCCAAGAGUAUGCAAAGCUGUCAUCAAGGCAAAGGGUGGCUACUUUGAAAAAUCUAAAAUAUAUUUUGAUUUGUUUAACACUAUUUUGGUGACUACAUGAUUCCGUAUGUGUUAUUUCAUAGUUUUGAUGUCUUCACUAUUACCCUGAACCCUGAACCAGGUUUUCCUCUAGGAUUUUGCCUGGGCUUAACUCUAUUCCCUUGUCCUUGCAACAUGAUGCAGCCACCACCAUGCUUGAAAAUAUGAAGAGUGGUAUUCAGUGAUGUCUUGUGUUGGAUUGCCCUAAACGAAACACUUUGUAUUCAGGACAUAAAGUUCAUUUCUUUGCCACAUUUUUUGCAGUUUUAAUUGAGUGCCUUUUUGCAAACAGGAUGCAUUUUUUGGAAUAUUUUUUAUUCUGUACAGACUUCCUUCUUUUCACUCUGUCAUUUAGGUUAGCAUUGUGGAGUAACUACAAUGUUGUUGAUCCAUCCUCAGUUUCCUCCUAUCACAGUCAUUCAACUUUUUAAAAUCACCAUUGGCCUGAGCGGUUUCCGUCCUCUCCGGCAACUGAGUUAGGAAGGACGCCUGUAUCGUUGUAGUGACUGGGUGUAUUGAUACACGAUCCAAAGUGUAAUUAAUAACUUCAACAUGCUCAAAGGGAUAUUCAAUUUCUGCUUUAAAAAAAUAUAUGUAUUUACCCAUCUACCAAUAGGUGCCCUUUGCAAGGCAUUGGAAAACCUCCCUGGUCUUUGUGUUUGAAUCUGUGUUUGACUGGGGGACCUUACAGAUAAUUGUAUGUGUGGGGUACAGAGAUGAGGUAGUCAUUUAAAAAAUCAUGGUAAACACUAUUAUUGCACACAGAUUGAGUCCAUGCAACUUAUGUGACUUAUUCUAACCACAUUUUUACUCCUGAACUUAUUUAGGCUUGCCAUAACAAAGGGGUUGAAUACGUAUUGACUCUAAGACAUUUCAGCUUUUCAUUUGUAAUUAAUUUGUAAAACAUUUCUAAAAACAGAAUUCCACUUUUACAUUAUGGGGUAUUGUGUGUAGACCAGUGACACAAAAUCUCAAUUUAAUCCAUUUUAAAUUCAGGCUGUAACACAACAAAAUGUGGAAAAAGUAAAGGGGUGUGAAUACUUUCUGAAGGCACUGUACGUGCAUAUUGCGUGUGCACACAUGCGUCCAGGCUUUGCAAUGUGUACAUGCAUGUGUGCGUGUAGCACUCAUUCGUGUGUGUGUCUGUGCACGUGCACGUACACGUACAGGCACGUGUGUGUGUUUGUAUAACCUCAGCAGGCUGACAGGAGACAUUGAUUGCAUUUUGGCAUCCUAGUCUUUGUUUAUAGGUGCAUUUUCAUUGAUCCCCGUGUUUGAACUUAACCUCUGUAAAACCCUGAAUAUAGGGCCCCUCCAUCAGUACAAAGGCGUGUGGAUUAGCCGUUAUGCUCUGUGCCAGUCAGAAAGUGACCACUUUGACCUCUGGAACAGCAACUUUACACAUGCCUUUGUUGCUGCGGUCAUCAUUGGUGUUACUGGGACAACAGAGCUUUCUACUCACUCAUGCUUUAUCACUCGCUCUGGAAACCAACCCUGUUUCCUCAGACUUCUCAAACUUUCCACUGCAGGUGUUGGUUUACGCUUGUUAAUUAUGGUUUACAGUUCCUCACACUGUGUAAAACGACUGUCGGGGUGUCCAAACCCCCCCUUUACAAAAACACUAUCCAGUUGUUCCAUUGCUGUUUGCUAAGAACAUUACCACAUCCACUCCCACACACUCAAACAGGUUGCCCAGGAAUCGGACUUCCACCACCUCCUGUUUUUGUGCUAUUUAGGUUUAGCCUUGGGCGCUGCCUGCCUGCUGGUCCUCGGUCUCUUUCAAUGAGUUCUCUAUGUUUGGAUCUGAGGGCUGAAAUGAUCUGCUGCUUUCGCCAUGCAGUUGACACUAACCCCCCUUUGUCUUUGGCCAGUGGAGAGGGGGACUUCAAGGAAGACGUGGGUUGGAAUAACUUUGUGCAAUGUCCUGGCGAUGGCAGUGCUCCCCUCUGCCGUGUUCAAUAUAUAAUUGUUAAUCCAUUUAGGAAAUCCAAGGAACGGGCAUAAUAAACUAAAUCGAACGUCUGUUUAUCGAAAAUAUUUUGGUUUGUAACCUUAAAAAAUUGAUUUCAUCUUGCCAAAUUGAGCACCGUUUCAAAUUAUCACUCUCUGAGAAUAAUUGUUACAGAAGCGAGAUGCAAAUAACUUCACACUAUUCUGUUCUAUUUUAUUCUGUUAUGUUACAUAAUGUUUUUUACUAUAAAAUAGUUGUCUUGAUUGUGAAAAGGGCUCGGGUAAUAAGAGCGUCUUGUCUGCUAAAUUAACAAAACAAGGCUGUCAUUGCACAGCCAUAGGCUUCUACAAACAAGCACCACACUGUUGAGGUUACUACCUUUUUGAAGAUUGUGUCCCACGAUAUAAUAUAACCAGUUGAUAUUAGUUUCAAUAAUUGAAUCUUAAAUGGCACUUCUUUUUUUAUUGACUGAAAAUGUAUGUAUGUACAGUGGGGAAAAAAGUAUUUAGUCAGCCACCAAUUGUGCAAGUUCUCCCACUUAAAAAGAAGAGAGAGGCCUGUAAUUUUCAUCAUAGGUACACGUCAACUAUGACAGACAAAUUGAGGAAAAAAAUUCCAGAAAAUCACAUUGUAGGAUUUUUUAUGAAUUUAUUUGCAAAUUAUGGUGGAAAAUAAAUAUUUGGUCACCUACAAACAAGCAAGAUAUCUGGCUCUCACAGACCUGUAACUUCUUCUUUAAGAGGCUCCUCUGUCCUCCACUCGUUACCUGUAUUAAUGGCACCUGUUUGAACUUGUUAUCAGUAUAAAAGACACCCGUCCACAACCUACCUCAAACAUUCACACUCCAAACUCCAAGAAGCAUUUCAAGGUCCUGGAGUGGCCUAGCCAGUCUCCAGAUCUCAACCCCAUAGAAAAUCUUUGGAGGGAGUUGAAAGUCAGUGUUGCCCAGCGACAGCCCCAAAACAUCACUGCUCUAGAGGAGAUCUACAUGGAGGAAUGGGCCAAAAUACCAGCAACAGUGUGUGAAAACCUUGUGAAGACUUACAGAAAACGUUUGACCUGUGUCAUUGCCAACAAAGGGUAUAUAACAAAGUAUUGAGAAACUUUUGUUAUUGACCAAAUACUUAUUUUCCACCAUAAUUUGCAAAUAAAUUCAUUAAAAAUCCUACAAUGUGAUUUUCUGGAAUUUUUUUUCUCAUUUUGUCUGUCAUAGUUGACGUGUACCUUUGAUGAAAAUUACAGGCCUCUCUCAUCUUUUUAAGUGGGAGAACUUGCACAAUUGGUGGCUGACUAAAUACUUUUUUCCCCACUGUAACUCUGUAUGCCAUGGCCUAUCCAACCCUGUUCCUGCAGCUACCCAGUUCUUAAUUUGGGAAACCAAGUGAAAUCGGUUCGGGAACAUCGAUAGUAACAUGUUUUCAUAACGAAACAUAUUUCAUUAAACUGUUGACAGGCCCUCUUUCUGCGUGCUGGAGAAAGGAAUGGAGGAAAGAGGGGAGGAGAUGGAAACGCACGGUGGUGAGAUAUUCUGUAGCUAAAGGUAAUGUGUCAGCCUAUUAAUUAUGAAAUAUAAAAAAUGCCCUAUUACUAGGGUAUUCAAAAUCAAAUACAAAUUCACUAUAAUUGUAGGCUCAGAAUUAGUUUAACUUAGGCUAGACAAAUUAUGUACCAAAUCAGUAUUUUUAAAAAUGUUUUUUCUGGCUUGUGGAUUAUGCGGUAAGCUAUGUAUUGUAUAAUGGCACAAUUAUUUUAAUUAUGUUUUUUUUUGCAUAUGCAUAAGCUCUAAUAUGCUUUGUUUUGAAUUUAUCACCACUUUAGAAAGCACUGUCCAUUUUAUUGUGUUAGGCUUUGAAACAACAUCCACAACGACCAUGUUUUCCACUCAGUUUCAACCUGUUGUCGAACUUUCUUAAAAUUGAUCAAUCACAGUGAGGUGAUUUGAUGAUAAGCGUUUUAUGUGGUUUUCGAACGCAUUUGCAUUGAUGUCAGAGUGGUUAGAGGGACAUUAGAGCCCUGAGUACCAGGCCAUUAGCGACAUUAGCGACCUGAUGAUCAUUAGCGAGUUGGGUAUUACUAACGCAUGCCCAGAUUGCAUAAGGGAUUACCGUGACUCAACGGUCGCAUAGAAUUUGACUGCAGUCAUAACUUAUGACUGCCGGUGUGGCAGUAAUAUGGUCACCGUAACAGCCCUAGGGUGUGCUCUCUCCGCUGUCUCCUGUAGUCCACGAUCAGCUCCUUAGUUUUGUUGAUGUUGAGGGAGAGAUUAUUUUCCUGGCACCACUCCACCAGGGCUCUCGCCUCCUCCCUGUAGGAUGUCUCAUCGUUGUUGGUAAUCAGGCCUACCACUGUUGUAUACUCAGCAAACGUCAUGAUUGAGUUGGAGCUGUGCAUGGCCACACAGUCAUGGGUGAACAGGGAGUACAGGAGGGGGCUGAGCACGCACCCCUGAUCCAUGUUGAGGAUCAGCGUGGCGGAGGUGUUGUUGCCUUACUUCACCACUAGAGGUUGGCCCAGCAGGAAGUCCAGGACCCAGUUGCACAGGGAGGGGUUCAGACUCAGGGCCCUGAGCUUAGUGAUGAACUUGGAGGGCACUAUGGUGUUGAAGGCUGAGCUGUAGUCGAACAGCAUUCUUACAUAGGCAUUUCUCUUGUCCAGGUGGGAUAGGGCAGUGUUCAGGGAAAUGGCGAUUGCUUCGUCCGUGGAUCUGUUGUGGCGAUAUGCGAAUUGUAGUGGGUUUAGGGUGUCAGGUAAGGUGGAGAUGAUAUGGUCCUUAACUAGCCUCUCAAAGCAGUUCAUGAUGACAGAAGUGAGUGCUAUGGGGUGAUAGUCAUUUAAUUCAGUUACCUUCGCUUUCUUGGGUACAGGCACAAUGGUGGACAUCUUUAAGCAAGUGGGGACAACAGACUGGGAUAUGGAAAGAUUGAAUAUGUCCGUAAACACUCCAGCCAGUUGGUCUACACAUGCUCUGAGGACGCGGCUUGGGAAGCCAUCUGGGCCCGCAGCCUUACGAGGGUUAACACGCUUAAAUGACUUCCUCACGUUGGCCACGGAGAACAAGAGCACACAGUGCUCCUGAGCGUCAGGGGCCCGCGUAAGCAGCUCUAUGUUGUUUUCCUCAAAGCAGGCGAAGAAGGUGUUUAGCUCGUCCGGGAGCGACGCGUCAGUGUCUGCGAUGUGGUUGGCUUUCCCUUUAUAAUUCGGGAUUGUCUGGAGUCCCUGUCACAAACGUCUCGUGUCUGAGCCGUUGAAUUGGGACUCCACUUUGUCCCCAUCCUGUCGUUUUACCUUUGAUUGUCUUACGGAGGUCGUGGCUGGCCUGCUUGUACACAUCCAUGUUCCAAGUCACCUUGCCAUGGUUAAAUGCGAUGGUUCACACCUUCAGUUUUGGGGGCCAAAAUAAAAAUCCCUUGCGGGCCUCUUGCCAACCCCCCGACCUAUAGCCUAUGAUUAACUCGGUCCUAUCCCCCUUCUGUGCCUUCUCAGUAUAGCUAUGUUUCCCCCCAACCCCACCCUAAACCGGGUUUGUAUCCUGCACCCAACCCCUCCCUCCUUAAAAAAAGAUGUCCUGUUUAUUCUGGUCCUUUUAAUAAUGCACAUGAUUUUAUGAUCUUUUGUACAGCACUUGAUUUUAUGUAGGCCUACUUUUAAUGUAAGACAUUCUUGAGUGCCCUGAAUGGCAAAUAAAAUAUUUUAUUAUUACUAAUAUAAUACGAUUAACAGCUAUAAAUCUAGAGUGAAGUCAGGGGAGGGGAGGGAAAAAAAACAAAGUAGCAUUCCAGAGGUGCGUACUAAUCAGGGUUCAGGUCAAACAUCUCACAGGAGAGGGCUGCGACAGUGAAGGACGGAUUGCUCAAUAUCAACCGCAGCAAAUGUUUCCUGUCUCUGUGGUUAUGCCCGGUUAAGUAUUAUUGUUCAGCACGUAGCUUUGUUCUGGCAGUGCUUCAAGAGAAGUAUGUGGAUCUGGAGGUGCCAGUGCAAACAGAAAAGCGCUCAUGAUCGGCCGAGCACAUAAUGCUGAUGGCUCACCUCGCCGCUCGGAGGAAUCUGGAUUUCCCCCUGUGGAGGAACACUAUGGGGAAUUUUCAUUUAGGUUGGGAAAGAUCGGGAAUGUUGCUACUUACCAACAAAAUGUAAGAUCUGAUCCCUAUACAGCGCCUUGCAAAAGUAUUCAGACCCCUUGGAUUUCUUCACAUUUUAUUGUUUUACAGUGGGAUUACAUUUGUAUUUACAUGUUUGUGUCAAUAAUCUACACAAAUGUCAAAGUGGAAGAAGAUGUUUUAUUUUAUUUUAUUAAUAAAAAUUAAAUAACAAAAAUAGUCGUUGCAAUUAUAUAAUUGUAAUGGCUUAGCAGAUAAUAACAAAAGAAGAACAAUAUUUACAUGGCUCAAAGAGAUGGAAUAUGAUAUCUAUUGUUUACAGGAAACUCAUUCAACAAUUCUAGAUGAAGUUGUGUGGAAAAAGGACUGGGGGGGGCAAAAUAUACUUCUCCCAUGGGCAAAGAAACUCAAAAGGGGUGAUGAUAUUAAUUAACAGUAAUUUCGAUCCAAGUGUGCAAAUUGUCCAAACAGAUCCGCAAGGUAGAUGGAUGAUUUUAAAUAUGUUAUUGGACCAUAAACAGAUAUGGCUCAUUAACCUUUACGGACCAAAUAAUGAUGAUCCACGCUUCUUUGACAAUAUAUAUAAUAAAUGAUUAACCCUGCAAGCAAUACAAUACUCUAUUAUUAUGGUGGGAGAUUAUAAUACUGUUUUAAAUAGCUCAAUGGAUAGCUCAAUCACACUACAAACUAUCACCCUCAUGCUCUUAAGGAAAUCUUGAAUGUCAUGGAUACAUUAGAACUAGUGGAUAUAUGGAGGCUUAAAUAUCCUGACCUAGUGAGAUAUACAUGGCGGAGACUCAAUCAAGCAAGUCAUCUUGACUUCCUUCUUAUGUCAUUCUCGUUGGCACCAAAAGUUUAAAAAGUGUUGAUAGGGGACAGAAUGCGGUCGGACCAUCAUAUAACUGGCAUUUCCAUUACUCUUACUGAAUUUCCAUGUGGGCGAGGAUAUUGAAAAUAUAAUCAAAGCCUAUUGGAUGAUAACUUGUUUUUAACUAGGACAGAGGAAUUUCUAACUGAAUUUUUCUGACAUAACAUAGGUACAGCAAAUCCCCUUAUUGUAUGGGACACUUUUAAAUGUGCCUUUAGAGGCCAUGCAAUUCAGUACUCAUCUCGAAAACAAAAGCAAUUUAGGUCAAGAGUGUCCAUACUAGAAGGUCUAACAGAACAGAUAGAUAGCAAUAAAAACUGUAACAUAGAGGCUCAGAAUAAAUUAGAGGAAAAACAAAAAUAAAUGGAGAAACUUAUUCAAGAAAGAUCAAGUGUAAUAUAUUAUAAAAAAUAAAGCAAACUGGAUGGAAUAUGGGGAAAAAUGCACAAAAUUAUGUUUUAAUCUUCAACAUAGAAAUGCUACCAAAAAGAAUUUACUGACACCGGUUACAAAUGACGGAGUCACCCAUGAUUCACCAAAUUAUAUUUUGAAGGAGGAAGCAUAUGUUAUCGUUUCAGUCGCCUCCAUCUCCUCUAACUGAAGCUAAUUGUAGGGAUUUUUUUUCAAUUGAUAAUGUAAAAUUAACAGCCAUACAGAAAGACUCAUGUGAAGGUGAAAUUACAUAGGAGGAACUUCUGGAUGCAAUUAAAGACUUUAAGUCCGGGAAAACUCCAGGGUUGGAUGGCAUACCAGUCGAGGUAUACCAAACCUUUUUUGUAACAGGGUACAAGUGGGAAAUAUAAAGAUCCAGUCCAAUUGGAGGCCCCUUACACUUUAGUGUUGUGAUGCAAAAAUUCUAGCAAAAUGUAUAGCGCAUAGAAUUAAAAAAAGGUAUUGUUGGACAUUAUUCAUUCUAAUCAGACAGGGUUUGUACAUGGACGAUACAUUGGAGAUAAUAUAAGGCAAGUACUGGAAACAAUAGAACACUAUGAAAAAUCUGGGAAACCAGGCCUGCUAUUCAUAGCAGACUUCGAAAAGGCAUUUGAUAAAGUACGACUGGAGUUUAUAUAUAAAUGCCUGGAUUAUUUCAAUUUUGGAGAAUCUCUUAUGAAAUGGGUUAAAAUCAUGUAUAGUAACCCUAGUUGUAAAAUAGUAAAUAAUGACUAUUUCUCAGAAAGUUUUAAACUGACAAGAGGAGUAAAACAAGGUUGUCCACUUUUGGCAUAUCUAUUUCUUAUGGCCAUCGAACUGUUAGCGAUUAAAAUCAGAUCCAACAAUAAGAUCAAGGGAUUAGAAAUCCAGGGCUUAAAAACAAAGGUGUCAUUGUACGCUGAUGAUUCAUGUUUUCUUUUAAAUCCUCAACUUCAAUCCCUCUACAGCCUCAUAGAGGAUCUAGAUACAUUUUCUAACUUCUCUGGAUUACAACCAAAUUAUGAUAAAUGUACCAUAUUAUGUAUUGGAUCACUAAAAAAUACAAUUUUUACAUGACCAUGUAGUUUACCAAUAAAAUGGUCUGAUGGUGAUGUGGAUAUACUCAGAAUACAUAUCCCAAAUGAAAUAAAUGAUCUCACUCCAAUAGAUUUUAAUAGAAAGUUAGCAAAAAUAGAUAAGUUCUUGCUACCAUGGAAAGGUAAAUACAGUUGAAGUCGGAAGUUUACAUAUAUCUUAUCCAAAUACAUUUAAACUCCUAGUAAAGAUUCCGUGUCCUAGGUCAGUUAGGAUCACCACUUUAUUUUAAGAAUGUGAAAUGUCAGAAUAAUAGUAGAGAGAAUGAUUUAUUUAAGCUUUUGUUUAUUUUAUCACAUUCCCAGUGGAUCAGAAGUUUACAUACACUCAAUUAGUAUUUGGUAGCAUUGCCUUUCAAUUGUUUAACUUGGGUCAAACGUUUCGGGUAGCCUUCCACAAACUUCCCACAAUAAGUUGGAUGAAUUUUGGCCCAUUCUUCCUGACAGAGCUGGUGUAACUGAGUCAGGUUUGUAGGUCUCCUUGCUCGCACACGCUUUUUCAGUUCUGCCCACACAUUUUCUAUAGGAUUGAGGUCAGGGCCUUGUGAUGGCCACUCCAAUACCUUGACUUUGUUGUCCUUAAGCCAUAACUUUGGAAGGAUGCUUGGGGUCAUUGUCCAUUUGGAAGACCCAUUUGCGACCAAGCUUUAACUUCCUGACUGAUGUCUUGAGAUGUUGCUUCAAUAUAUCCACAUAAUUUUCCUUCCUCGUGAUGCCAUCUAUUUUGUGAAGUGCACCAGUCCCUCCUGCAGCAAAGCACCCCCACAGCAUGAUGCUGCCACCCCUGUUCUUCACGGUUGGGAUGGUGUUCUUCGGCUGGCAAGCCUGCCCCUUUUUCCUCCAAACAUAACGAUGGUCAUUAUGGCCAAACAGUUCUAUUUUUGUUUCAUCAGACCAGAGGACAUUUCUCCAAAAAGUACGAUCUUUGUCCCCAUGUGCAGUUGCAAACCAGAGUCUGGCUUUUUUAUGGCGGUUUUGGAGCAGUGGCUUCAUCCUUGCUGAUAAAGAUACAUCCUUUAAAAUAAAGAUAAAUCCUUUAAUGAGUAGGUGUGUCCAAACUUUUGACUGGUAGUGUACAUGACAGACAAUCUUGACAAUCUCUUAACAUACAGUGGGGGAAAAAAGUAUUUAGUCAGCCACCAAUUGUGCAAGUUCUCCCACUUAAAAAGAUGAGAGAGGCCUGUAAUUUUCAUCAUAGGUACAAGUCAACUAUGACAGACAAAAUGAGAAAAGAAAAUCCAGAAAAUCACAUUGUAGGAUUUUUAAUGAAUUUAUUUGCAAAUUAUGGUGGAAAAUAAGUAUUUGGUCAAUAACAAAAGUUUCUCAAUACUUUGUUAUAUACCCUUUGUUGGCAAUGACACAGGUCAAACGUUUUCUGUAAGUCUUCACAAGGUUUUCACACACUGUUGCUGGUAUUUUGGCCUAUUCCUCCAUGCAGAUCUCCUCUAGAGCAGUGAUGUUUUGGGGCUGUCGCUGGGCAACACUGACUUUCAACUCCCUCCAAAGAUUUUCUAUGGGGUUGAGAUCUGGAGACUGGCUAGGCCACUCCAGGACCUUGAAAUGCUUCUUACGAAGCCACUCAUUCGUUGCCCGGGCGAAGAGCAGAAAAUCACAUUGUAGGAUUUUUUAUGAAUUUAUUUGCAAAUUAUGGUGGAAAAUAAGUAUUUGGUCACCUACAAACAAGCAAGAUUUCUGGCUCUCACAGACCUGUAACUUCUUCUUUAAGAGGCUCCUCUGUCCAACACUCGUUACCUGUAUUAAUGGCACCUGUUUGAACUUGUUAUCAGUAUAAAAGACACCUGUCCACAACCUCAAACAGUCACACUCCAAAUUCCACUAUGGCCAAGACCAAAGAGCUGUCAAAAGGACACCAGAAACAAAAUGGUAGACCUGCACCAGGCUGGGAAGACUGAAUCUGCAAUAGGUAAGCAGCUUGGUUUGAAGAAAUCAACUGUGGGAGCAGUUAUUAGGAAAUGGAAGACAUACAAGACCACUGAUAAUCUCCCUCGAUCUGGGGCUCCACGCAAGAUCUCACCCCGUGGGGUCAAAAUGAUCACAAGAAUGGUGAGUAAAAAUCCCAGAACCACACGGGGGGACCUAGUGAAUGACCUGCAGAGAGCUGGGACCAAAGUAACAAAGCCUACCAUCAGUAACACACUACGCCGCCAGGGACUCAAAUCCUGCAGUGCCAGACGUGUCCCCCUGCUUAAGCCAGUACAUAUCCAGGCCCGUCUGAAGUUUGCUGGAGUGCAUUUGGAUGAUCCAGAAGAGGAUUGGGAGAAUGUCAUAUGGUUAGAUGAAACCAAAAUAUAACUUUUUGGUAAAAACUCAACUCGUCGUGUUUGGAGGACAAAGAAUGCUGAGUUGCAUCCAAAGAACACCAUACCUACUGUGAAGCAUGGGGGUGGAAACAUCAUGCUUUGGGGCUGUUUUUCUGCAAAGGGACCAGGACGACUGAUCCGUGUAAAGGAAAGAAUGAAUGGGGCCAUGUAUCGUGAGAUUUUGAGUGAAAACCUCCUUCCAUCAGCAAGGGCAUUGAAGAUUAAACGUGGCUGGGUCUUUCAGCAUGACAAUGUGUCAGGGCGUGUGUAGGUGUGGUGUAGGAAAUCAGAUGCAGGACGCAGACGGUAGGUUCCAAAAGCUGUAUUCCGACCCAAACACAGGCAACAGGGCAACAAAGCCCAACAGCUAAACUACGCCCAAGGCGUGUAGGCAAAAUGCGCACAAACAGGUGCGACAAAAUAUGUUGUGCACGAAACAAGUGCAAACGAGCUCCAGCGCAGUGGAGAGAAAUAUGCUCAACCGAGCAAACACAACACUGACGAAAACAAUCACACACAACACAAGACAAACACAACGAGAAACUUAUAGGACACUAAUCACGUAAAACAGAAACAGGUGUGACACAAACAGACAAAAGCAAACGAACAUGAAAACAUAAAUCGGUGGCAGCUAGAAUUCCGGAGACGACGAACGCCGAAGCCUGCCCGAACAAGGGAGAGAGGCAGCCUCGGCCGAAACCGUGACAGUACCCCCCCCUUGACGCGCGGCUCCAGACGCGCGCCGACUCCGGCCUUGGGGACGACCCGGAGGCCGCGGCGCAGGGCGCGUCGGAUACCCCCGAUGGAAUUCCGUCAGGAGCGACGGGUCCAAGAUGUCUCUCCUCGGCACCCAGCACCGCUCCUCCGGACCGUACCCCUCCCACUCCACUAGAUACUGAAGACCCCCUCUCCGACGUCUAGAAUCCAAGAUGGAUCUCACGGUGUACGCCGGUGCCCCCUCGAUGUCCAACGGGGGCGGGGGGGGUCUCCAAGAUCUCAUGUUCUUGGAGCGGGCCUGCUACCACCGGCCUGAGAAGGGACACAUGGAACGAGGGGUUAAUACAUUUAUACUCCACUGGCAACUGUAAUCUAUAACAAACCUCGUUCAACCUUCUCAGGACUUUAAAUGGCCCUACAAACCGCCGACCCAGUUUCCGACAGGGCAGGCGGAGGGGCAGGUUUCUGGCAGAGAGCCAGACUCGAUCUCCAGGUGCGUACACAGGCCCCUCACUGCGGUGUAGGUCGGCGCUCGUCUUCUGUCGACGUAUGGCACGCUGCAGAUGGACGUGUGCAGCGUUCCACGUCUCCUCCGAGCGCCGCACCCACUCAUCCACAGCGGGGGCCUCGAUCUGGCUCUCAUGCCAUGGUGCCAGAACCGGCUGGUACCCUAAAACACACUGAAAAGGGGUUAGUUGGGUGGAGGAGUGGCGAAGAGAGUUCUGUGCCAUCUCAGCCCAGGGCACAUAUCUCGCCCACUCCUCCGGCCGGUCCCGGCAGUAUGUUCUGAGAAACCUGCCCACAUCCUGGUUUACGCGUUCCACCUGCCCAUUACUCUCCGGGUGGUAACCCGAGGUGAGACUCACCGAGACCCCCAACCGCUCCAUAAAAGCUCUCCAGACUCUGGAGGUGAAUUGGGGACCCCGGUCAGCCACAAUGUCCUCGGGCACCCCGUAGUGCCGGAACACAUGAGUGAAUAGUGCUUCGGCGGUUUGUAGGGCAGUAGGAAGACCCGGCAUGGGGAGCAAACGACAGGCCUUAGAGAACCGAUCCACAACGACCAGGAGUGUAGUAUUCCCUUGAGAGAGGGGAAGGUCAGUUAUAAAAUCCACCGAGAGGUGGGACCAUGGUCGUUGUGGAACGGGCAGGGGUAGUAACUUACCCCUAGGCAGAUGUCUAGGCGCCUUACUGGGCGCACACCGAGCAGGAGGAAACAUAAACCCUCACAUCCCUGGCCAACGUAGGCCACCAAUAUUUGGCACUAAGACAGUGCACUGUCCGGCCGAUACCCGGAUGUCCAGAGGAGGGUGACGUGUGAGCCCAAUAGAUCAAUCGAUCCCGACACUCGAGCGGAACAUACUUCCGACCCUCCGGGCAUUGUGGUGGACUAGGGUCGGUGCGUAAUGCCCGCUCGAGCUCAGAAUCGAGCUCCCACACCACCGGUGCCACUAGACACGACUCCGGCAGUAUGGGAGUGGGCUCCACGGACCUCUCCUCCCCGUCAUACCGCCGAGACAGUGCAUCUGCCUUACCGUUUUGUGACCCAGGGAUGUAGGUGAUCUUAAAAGAGAAACGGGUCAAAAACAUACUCCAUCUAGCCUGUCGAGGGUUCAGCCUCCUCGCUGCCCGGAUGUACUCCAGGUUACGGUGGUCCGUCAAAAUGAGGAAAGGGUGUUGAGCCCCCUCAAGCCAGUGCCUCCACACCUUAAGGGCUUGGACCACAGCUAACAGCUCCCUGUCCCCUACGUCAUAAUUUCGCUCCGCCGGGCUGAGCUUCUUGGAAUAGAAGGCAACGGGGCGGAGUUUAGGUGGCGCGCCUGACCGUUGGGACAGCACGGCGCCAAUACCGGCUUCAGACGCGUCCACCUCUACCUGAAAUGGUAAAGAGGGAUCCGGAUGCGCCAGCACCGGAGCCGAGGUGAACAGGUCCUUCAGCUUCUUAAAAGCCCUGUCCGCCUCGACUGACCACUGCAGACGCACCGGGCCCCCCUUUAAGAGAGACGUGAUGGGAGCUGCCACCUGCCCAAAACCCCGGAUAAACCUCCGGUAGUAAUUCGCAAACCCCAAAAACUGCUGCACCUCUUUCACAGUGGUUGGUGUUUGCCAAUUACUCACGGCUGACACUCGGUCUACCUCCAUCUUCACCCCUGACGCAGACAACUGAUACCCCAAGAAGGAAAUCGACUCCUGGAAAAACAGACACUUCUCUGCCUUCACAUACAGGUCGUGCUCCACCAGCCUCCGCAACACUCUGCGCACCAGGGCCACAUGCUCGACACGGGUAGGUGAGUACACGAGGAUGUCAUCUAUGUACACCACCACUCCCUGUCCCUGCAUGUCCCUGAAGAUCUCAUCCACGAAUGAUUGGAAAACUGACGGAGCAUUCAUCAACCCGUAUGGCAUGACGAGAUACUCGUAAUGGCCCGAGGUGGUACUAAAGGCUGUUUUCCAUUCAUCAUCCUUCCUGAUGCGCACCAAGUUGUACGCGCUCCUGAGAUCUAAUUUCGUGAAGAAACGCGCCCCAUGCAACGACUCAGUCAUGGUCGCAAUCAGCGGGAGUGGAUAACUAUACUUCACCGUAAUCUGAUUGAGACCACGGUAGUCGAUGCACGGACGCAACCCCCCAUCCUUCUUCUUCACGAAAAAGAAACUCGAGGACGCGGGGGAAGUGGACGGCCGUAUGUAUCCUUGUCUCAGUGAUUCGUCUAUGUAAACCUCCAUAGCUUUCUUCUCCUCCUGAGACAGAGGAUACACAUGACUCCGUGGGAGCGCAGCUCCUGCCUGAAGGUCUAUCGCACAAUCCCCCUGCCUAUGGGGUGGCAAUCGCGUCGCCCUCGCCUUACUAAACGCGAUAGCCAGAUCCCCAUACUCAGGUGGAAUGUGCAAUGCGGGCACCUGGUUUGGACUUUCCACCGAGGUAGCCCCUAAGGAAACGCCCAAACAUCUACCCACACACUGAGCAGACCACUCCUUCAGAGCCCUCUCCUGCCACGAAAUAACGGGGUUAUGGGUACUUAACCAGGGCAUGCCCAGCACCACCGGAUACGCAGGAGAGUCAAUCAGAAACAGUUGUAUUAUCUCCUGAUGACUCCCCUGCGCACACAUCCUAAGUGGCGCCGUGACCUCCCUGAUUAAGCCCGUACCCAACGGACGACUAUCUAGGGCGUGAACGGGAAAAGGAACUUCCACAGGGAGAAGGGGAAACCCUAACUCUAAACAAAACUUCUUAUCAAUGAAAUUCCCAGCCGCGCCUGGGAAUGAGGUGCCACCUGCGGAAAACACACAGGCAUACAAAAAUGGGCAACAGUGAGCUCUGGGUGAGUGGGGCGCCUACUCACCUGGAGGGAAUCCCCAGUGCGGGACCUGUCGUCAUCUCCCCGAGGAGGCCAUCCCCAGCACCUAGCCGCGGUGUGUCCUCCCCGACCACAGUUGGUGCAGUGGAUGGACCCCCCACUCUGCCGACUCCUCCUACCUCUAGCGCCAGCGCCCCCGAGCUCCAUAGGACACGGCUCGGGUGCGCUGGAGGAUGGAAUGGACGGACCCCCCUCAGGACGUCCGCGGGUAGCCAAUAGGUUAUCCAACCUAAUUGACAUGUCGACCAGCUGGUCGAAAGUGAGACUGGCGUCCCGACAGGCCAGCUCCCGACGGACGUCCUCUCUGAGGCUACAUCGGUAGAGAUCGAUGAGGGCCCGAUCAUUCCACCCUGCAUCUGCCGCUAGAGUACGGAAUUCGAGUGCGAAUUCCUGGGCACUCCUCCUCCCCUGCCUAAGGAAGACCAGACGCUCCCCCCGCCGCUUUCCCCUCCGGGGGAUGGUCGAACACCGCCCUAAAGCGGCGGGAGAACUCGGUGUAGGUAAUGGUCGUGGCGUCGAUCUUCCUCCACUCCGCGUUGGCCCACUCCAACGCUUUACCGGCCAGGCAGGAGAUUAGGGCGGACACGCUCUCAUGCCCUGAAGGUGCCGGAUGGACUGUGGCCAGGUACAGCUCGACCUGGAGCAAGAACCCCUGACACCCAGCCGCUGUCCCGUCGUAAGCCCUCGGGAGAGAUAGACGGACUCCUCGAUGUCCCGGUGCUGGAACGGGCGGGCUGGCCGAUGGUGCUGGCUGGGCGGGCGGUGGUGGAGGCGAACCCCAGCCUCGGAGUGUGGAAAUAACCUCCUGCAGGGCGUUCCCCAUCUGCAGGAGUUGCUCCUGCUGAUCCCGAACCUGGGCUUCCAGUCUUGUCUGGGCUGCUUCUGCUCCUGCUGAUUCCAUGGGUGGUGUGUGAUUCUGUCAGGGCGUGUGUAGGUGUGGUGUAGGAAAUCAGAUGCAGGACGCAGACGGUAGGUUCCAAAAGCUGUAUUCCGACCCAAACACAGGCAACAGGGCAACAAAGCCCAACAGCUAAACUACGCCCAAGGCGUGUAGGCAAAAUGCGCACAAACAGGUGCGACAAAAUAUGUAGUGCACGAAACAAGUGCAAACGAGCUCCAGCGCAGUGGAGAGAAAUAUGCUCAACCGAGCAAACACAACACUGACGAAAACAAUCACACACAACACAAGACAAACACAACGAGAAACUUAUAGGACACUAAUCACGUAAAACAGAAACAGGUGUGACACAAACAGACAAAAGCAAACGAACAUGAAAACAUAAAUCGGUGGCAGCUAGAAUUCCGGAGACGACGAACGCCGAAGCCUGCCCGAACAAGGGAGAGAGGCAGCCUCGGCCGAAACCGUGACACAAUGAUCCCAAACACACCGCCCGGGCAACGAAGGAGUGGCUCCGUAAGAAUCAUUUCAAGGUCCUGGAGUGGCCUAGCCAGUCUCCAGAUCUCAACCCCAUAGAAAAUCAUUGGAGGGAGUUGAAAGUUCGUGUUGCCCAGCGACAGCCCCAAAACAUCACUGCUCUAGAGGAGAUCUGCAUGGAGGAAUGGGCCAAAAUACCAGCAACAGUGUGUGAAAACCUUGUGAAGACUUACAGAAAACGUUUGACCUGUGUCAUUGCCAACAAAGGGUAUAUAAGAAAGUAUUGAGAAACUUUUGUUAUUGACCAAAUACUUAUUUUCCACCAUAAUUUGCAAAUAAAUUCAUAAAAAAUCCAACAAUGUGAUUUUCUGGAGAUUUUUUUUUCUCAUUUUGUCUGUCAUAGUUGACGUGUACCUAUGAUGAAAAUUACAGGCCUCUCUCAUCUUUUUAAGUGGGAGAACUUGCACAAUUGGUGGCUGACUAAAUACUUUUUUCCCCCACUGUAUGUCAGAAUAUCACCUGUAGCACAGCACAAUAACCAGAGUAGCCUGCCCGGCAUGAGUGAAAAACUAACCAGCGGGAAAGUGGCCUCCCUGUGCUUUGUAGCCAUAGAACACAUCCAAAUUUCACCAAGAGGAGGUGAUAUCGUACGUAAACUAAAACAAAAGAGGCAUUCUGGCAGUACUCCUUAGACAUUGUGGAUCCAAAGGGGCUAAACAAUGAUUUUUCACUGUCCUUGCCUUGAUUUUUUGGGAUCUCUGUGUCUCCAGAUUUUCAGACAUCCAAAUAUCACCUAUGUAUAUUUUGACAUGGCCUAUUGAUUAAUGAGACACUAUUUCUCUUUUUAUUUUGUGCUAUAAUUUGCCAUUUACCUUGAAACAUAUUAUCAUUAUAAUUGUUUUAUAUUGUUGUGUCUCAAUGAGCCACUAGGCUAGAAAUAGGAGCUGUGCAAUGGUCAGGUAACCCUGAGGAAGACGUCAGCUUGACGUCAACGUCAGUCACCGGUCAGCAUCCUGUACAAUGGAUUAAAGUGAGCAUUAAGAAAUCAAUCUCUUUUGUUGAGUGCUCCAACUGCGUUUUACCUCAAAUUAGUCCUUUUGGAAGUUUUUCUUGGUAAGCCAUCAGACUGUUAAACAGUCACCGCUAGCCGGCCUCCGUACAGUGCCCUGCCCUGAACCUUAGUCACUGUUAUAGCCGGCUACCACCCGCUGCACUACCCUGCACAUUAGAGACUGCUGCCCUAUGUACAUAGUAAUUGAACACUGGUCACUUUAAUAAUGUUUACAUACUGUUUUACCCACUUUAUACAGUGCAUUCGGAAAGUAUUCAGACCCAUUGACUUUUUCCACAUUUUGUUACGUUACAGCCUUAUUCUAAAAUUGAUUAAAUAGUUUUUUUCCCCUUAACAAUCUAUACACAAUACCCCAUAAUGACAAAGCAAAAUGCGUUUUAGUGAAAUUUUUAAGAAAAAUAAAUAAAUAAAUAACUGAAAUAUUACAUUUACAUACAAUACCAGUCAAAAGUUUGGACACACAUACUCAUUCCAGGGUUUUUCUUUAUUUUGUACUAUUUUCUAUAUUGUAGAAUAAUAGUGAAGGCUUCAAAACGAUGAAAUAACACAUAUGGAAUCAUGUAGUAAUCAAAAAAGUGUUUGAAGAAUCUCAAAUAUAAAAUAUAAUUUGAUUUGUUUAACACUUUUUUGGUUACUACAUGAUUCCAUAUGUGUUAUUUAAUAGUUUUGAUGUCUUCACUAUUAUUCUACAAUGUAAAACAUAGUAAAAAUAAAGAAAAACCCUUGAAUGAGUAGGUGUGUCCAAACUUUUGACUGGUAGUGUAUAUAUAGUGCCAGUCAAAAAAAAUUGGACACACCUACUCGUUGCAGGGUUAAAUUAAAUAAUCAAAACGUGUUGUUUAUGCUUUACAUACCAAGUGUUGUCAUCGAUUCCUUGUAGAGAAGCCACACCGCUGCUUUUGUGACAUGAGAUGGCAGCAGCUUUCCACCAAAGUGUUUGUGUCCUCGGUGGUGUCCUGGUAAUACUAUUGCAUUAUCCUCUGCGUAGUUGUUGAUGAAGUUCACAACUCGCUGCAAGUCGUCAUGCUUCUUGUUUCUCAUGGUCUGAGAGUCCUUUAGCGGGCUGUCAUGUGCCUUUUACUAAGGAGUGGCUUCCGUCUGGCCACUACCAUAAAUUCCUGAUUGGUGGAGUGCUGCAGAGAUGGUUGUCCUUCUGGAAGGUUCUCCCAUCUCCACAGAGGAACUCUGGAGCUCUGUCAGAGUGACCAUCUGCCUCCCUGAGGCCACUGUGUUCUUGGGGACCUUCAAUGCUGCAGACAUUUUUUGGUACCCUUCCCCAGAUCUGUCACUCGACACAAUAUUGUCUUGGAGCUUUACGGACAAUUCCUUCGACCUCAUGGCUUGGUGUUUGCUCUGACAUGCACUAUCAACUGUGGGACCUUAUGUAGACAGGUGUGCCUUUCCAAAUCAUGUCCAAUCAAUUGAAUUUACCACAGGUGAACUCAAAUCAAGUUGUAGAAACAUCUCAAGGAUGAUCAAUGGAAACAGGAUGCACCUGAGCUCAAUUUCGAGUCUUCAAGCAAAGGGUCUGAAUAUUUAUGUAAAUAAGGUGUUUCAGUUUUUUUUUAAACCUGUUUUCGUCAUUAUGGGGUAUUGUGUGUAGAUUGAUAAGGAACAAUUUUUAUUUAAUCAAUUUUAGAAUAAUGCUGUAACGUAACAAAAUGUGGAAUGUCAAGGGGUCUGAAUACUUUCCGAAUGUACUGUACAUGUAUGAAUCACAUGGAGCAUAUUAUAUCGGUACGUACACAGUUCAUACACAAAAUCCUACUAAAUUAGUUUCCUGCUAAUCAGGCAACAGAAUUUAACAUUGGCAGUUGGCACAACACACUAGAUAACCCGGUACGUUUUUCACUGUUUUCUUUAGGAGCUGCAAUCCGGUUAAGUAGCACGCUAUGCCUGCCUCAUUUCAUCUGAUUAAAGCCCAGCAAGAGAGAGACUCUCUCUAUUUCAUGGCCUGCCAACAAAUGCUUUCACAGGCUACCAUACACCCCUCACAAACACACACACAUCCCAAUCUACCAUCAGUACCACCACCACCACCCUCUUCACAGUCAGGUGACUUUUUCACCCCCUUGAUCCUUUGUAUAAAAGGUGUUUAUGUCCCGCUGUGAGUACCAGCAGGAUUAGAGGCCUUGUGGUGAAAGGACUUUGAUCACCUCAUUCUUCUUCUCUCCAAACCCACAGCUACAGGCUACAGGCUGGGGUAAAAACACACACCAUCUUCCACUGUACGCAGAACUGUUUUAUUUAGCCUCUUCCCUGUAUAUUAAAGCUGCAUUCUGGGAUUCUGAAAACAGAAUGCCAGCCUCUCCACUUGUUUUGGACUGACAAUCCAUGACAUCCAAGUGAUCGCUUUAACCAUAUUUUGACGCUAUACAUUGGGUACACAUCUAUAAUUGAAAUGACCAUUGAACAGCUUCCUAAAGCUUAGACUGUAGCUUUAAUUGGGAGCGAGAACCAGGGAAAAGAGGCAAAGCGGCUUAUCUUAUCUCUCCUCCAAGUUGUUUAAUGAGGAGCUUGUCUGGGAGGUUGAGUGUUGUUGGCUUCCAGCGCCUUCUGGGUUGAGUUGUGGCUAGUGAUCCAGGGAAUGGGUGGUGUGAGUAAGGCAACCACCCCAACCCCUCCCUGCUCUCCAUCAUGCCUGACUCCUGUGGGAGAGAGGGCAGAAGUAAUAGGCAUCACAAGAAAAUGAGGAAACGUUGCCAGGGAGAGCUUUAUCAAAUUAGUUAACAUUUCACCAUAUAGUGUCGUUUUUAAAAUGAUUAAGACUGAACUGAAGGACCCCUAUUCAAACCCUCCUCCAUCUUUCUCUCUCGCUCUCUCCCCCUCUCUUAUUUAUCGCAAUCUCUCCAUGAUCUGUUUCUUUCACAUUCAAAAGGCUUUAUUGGCAUGACAAAAUUACAAAGCAACAUUUCUGAACAAUUCUCUCUAUUCUCUGUCUCUCUAUGGGGCACAUCUCAUAAAAACUACAUUGAAAAGUUUGUUGUUUUAUUAAAUUAAUCAUUUGAAAUGUCAUGGUAUAUUAUCCUUGUAGUAUGUAACAAUGUCACAUGGAUAUUUUAAUUACAUUUAGAAAAAGCAUUUUCAGUGUUAAAAUAGGCCUAUCAUUUUUUGGCCGAGCAAAAAUGAAUUGCCUACUCACACAAGUAUUCGAGUACUAAUGUCUGUUCGGAUAUUGGAAUAACCUUGCACAUCCCUGUUCUCUAGGUACGCCAUAAUGUGUGGAAUCAUGACAGAGUAUGAGACUGUGCAGAACAGGAUAAAGAAUGGCUACAUCUUCAAAGUAAGUGAUUUUCUGACAGUCUACACACAAAGCUAUAUCUUCAUGUGGUCACCGAUUCAAGUGUUUGUUUUGUCUGUACUUGAACUAUGUCAGACCUUACCUACAGUGCCUUCAGAAAGUAUUCACACCCCUUUACUUUUUCCACAUUUUCUUGUGUUACAGCCUGAAUUUAAAAUUGAUUACAUUUAGAUGUGUCACUGGCCUACACACAUUACCCCAUAAUGUCAAAGUAGAAUUAUGUUUGUUGACAUUUUUACAAAUUCAUUAAAAAUGAAAAGUUGAAAUGUCUGGAGUUGAUAAGAAUUCAAAACCUUUGUUAUGACAAGCCUACAUAAGCUUCAGGAGUAAACAUGUGCUUAACAAGUCACAUAAUAAGUUGCACAAUUUUUGAAUGACUACCUCAUCUCUCUACCCCACACAUACAAUUAUCUCGAGCAGUCGAGCAGUGAAUUUCAAACACAGAUUGAAGCACAAAGACCAGGGUGGUUUUCUAAUGCCUCGCAAAGAAGGGCACUAUUGGUAGAUAAUAAAUACAUUUUUAAAAAGCAGGCGUUGAAUAUCUCUUUGAGCAUAGUGAAGUUAUUAAUUACACUUUGGAUGGUGUAUCAAUAUACCCAGUCUCUACAAACAUGCAGGCGUCCUUCCUAACUCAGUUGCCAGAGAGGAAGAAAACCGCUCAGGGAUUUCACCAUGAGGCCAAUGGUGACUUUAAAACAGUUACAGAGUUUAAUGGCUGUGAUAGGAGAAAACUGAAGAUGGAUCAAGAACUUUGUAGUUACUCAACAAUACUAACAUAAAUAACAUAGUGAAAAGAAGGAAGCCUGUACUUAAUAAACAUAUUCCAAAACAUGCAUCCUGUUUGCAAUAAGGCAGUAAAGUAAAUGCUAAAAUAAAUGUGGCUAAGAAAUUAACUGUAGGACCUGAAUACAAAGUGUUAUGUUUGGGGCAAACGCAACACAUCACUGAGUACCACUCUUCAUAUUGUCAAGCAUAGUGGUGGCUGCAUCAUGUUAUGGGUAUGCUUGUCAUUAGCAAGGAAUAGGGAGUUUUUUGGGGGGGUGUAAAAAUAAACGGAAUAGAGCUAAGCACAGGCAAAGUCCUAGAGGAAAACCUGGUUCAGUCUGCCUUCCAACAGACACUGGGAGACAAAUUCACCUUUCAGCAGGACAAUAACCUAAACCACAAGGCCAAAUAUACACUGGAGUAGCUUACCAAGACUACAUUGAAUGUUCCUGAGUGGCCUAGUUACAGUUUUGAAUUAAAUCAACUUGAAAAUCUAUGGCAAGACUUGAAAAUGGCUGUCUAGCAAUGAUCAACAACCAACUUGACAGAGCUUGAAGAAUUUUUAAAAGAAUAAUGUGCAAAUAUUGUAAAAUCCAGGCGUGCAAAGCUCUUAGAGACUUAGCCAGAAAGUCUCACAGCUGUAAUCGCUGCCAAAUGUGAUUCUAUUAUGUAUUGACUCAGGGGUGUGAAUACCUAUGUAAAUGAGAUAUUUCUGUAUUUCAUUUUCAAGAAAUGUGCACAAAUGUCUAAACAUGUUUUGUCUUUGUCAUUAUGGGGUAUUGUGUGUAAAUGGGUGAAAAAAUAAUAAUAUUGAAUCCAUUUUGAAUUCAGGCUGUAACACAACAAAAUGUGGAAUAAGUCAAGGGGUAUAAAUACUUUCUGAAGGCACUGUACAUUAGCAACACCUGAGGUGAUGGCAGGCACACAGAUUGAUUGGUGGAAUUAAUAAUAAUAAGAGAGGGUAACUGAGGUCAGGGCUUGUACUUUUCCAGAACCUCCCCUGUAGUCUGUCACUGUCAGUGUUUAGUCCUAUCUGUGUCUAGAGGGUCCUCCCAUCGCCACAAGUUGACAGCCAGAAUCAUCACCCUCUGUCUUAUUUAGGUCAGGUGUUGUUCAAAUUAAACAUAGAAAGUGUUCCUAUACACACAGUUGUGGACAGCACAUCUAUACACUGACUGCUAUACAUGUCUUAGCCUUAUUGCCCGUGGGCUAUUCUGAUCACUCCCCUCACUAACACCCAGAUGUAAGGGUUGCAUAACGGCAGAGACUGGGGCAACAGCACGUAGCAUUUAUCUUACCUGUCAGUUGCUUCACAAACUGUUUACCUGCAAAGCCUCGUACGGUGUGGGGGUAGAGGGAGAAGGGGGCGGACAUGAAGAACAUGCAAUGUGUGGAGAGGGGGAGUGA